AUGGGUCCUAGCGGAAGCGGUAAAUCCACACUGUUGGCAGCCCUUUCGGAUCAUGCUCACUACGCCAAUGUCUAUGGAGACAUCAAAAUCAAUGGCGUUAAAGCUUCUAUGAAACAAUUCAAGAAUGUUUGUGCAUUUGUGACACAGGAUGAUUUUAUGAAUCGACAACUGACAGUGGAAGAAGCCAUCCUCUUUUCUGCUCGAACUCGUUUAAAUUGGAGUGUGAGUCAAAAGAGAUUGGAACGGUUAGUCGACGGUGUCAUUCAAUUAUUGGAUUUAAAUGAAGUUCGUCAUUCCAUUAUUGGAGAUGAAAACAAGAGAGGUAUUUCCGGAGGUCAACGAAAACGUGUCAGUAUUGCCAUGGAAUUUGUGGCAUGUCCAUAUGUAUUGUUUUUAGAUGAACCUACCUCCAGUUUAGAUUCUUAUAGCAGUUUUGAAGUUGCUAAAUCUAUGAAAGACAUUGCACGAAGUGGAAUAACAGUAGUAGCUGUAGUGCAUCAACCUCGUUAUGAAAUCUUUCAAAUGUUUGACGAUGUCAUCUUGUUGGGAAAAGGAGGACGUGUCGCAUACGCUGGUCCUUGCUCAACAGCAAUGGAUUACUUUAAGAAUGAAUUACAAUUGGAAUGUCCCCCGUUUGUGAAUCCAAGUGACUUCUUUCUCGAUGCCAUCUAUGAUCCUCAAGCAGCCUAUCGAGCACAAACAGAGAGAAAUUCAACAACAAGUUCUUCUCAGAGAAAAUCCACAGAAUUUCGAGGUCUCACAUGUGAUGAAAUUUUCCAAAAAUGGGAAAUGUACCAAAGCAAGAAUUCCAGUGCUUUACAUCGAAACGAUGAUACAAGUUCUCAUCUUUCUGACAAUCAUUCCUCGAGCCUUAAUGGACAUACUGAGUCCUCCUAUGAUAUAUUAGUGAAGGAAGAAGAGAAUCGAAAACAAAGUGCACUUCUCCAUUUCAUUGUGUGUCUAUAUCGAUCCUUUUCAUUGAAAAUUCGUGAUAUUAUGAGUUUCUUUAUCGACAGUUUGAUGGUCUACAUUUCUGGCUUGGCGCUCGGUAUUAUCUUUCUCAAAGAAACAUACACAGGUCCCAUGCCUUCUGAACUCAUUCAAAGCUGUCCCGUUGCCAUUCGUAGCAUUUGUGAAUAUCCUCUCAAUAAUCCUUUGAUCAAUGUGGCAAGUAUUGUUCCAUUAGCACUCGGGUUGUGUGCCUCCAUGAGCUCUCUAAGUACCUUUGGAACGAGACAAGAGCAACUCGUAUUCAAGAAGGAACGUUCGAGUGGUUUAUCAACAAUUGCCUAUUUUCUAGCCAAGAACUUGGAACAGUUACCUAAUAUUGUGUUAGGUCCAUUAAUAUUCCUUUCCAUCUUUUUGUGCUUGUAUGCUCCUCGAGCUUCCUUUGGAGAGUAUUAUUAUAUUAUCUUGUUGAUGCAAUUUUCUGCAUUUGGAUUGGGUAGCUUAAUCAGUGUUUCCAUUCGGAUGGAUUUGUCUCAAUUGGCAAGUGCUGUAUCGGUGUUGGUGUUUCAGUUAGUCGGUGGCUCAAAACCAACAUUGCCUCAAAUGAAAUCCAUCUUUGUACCCAUGUAUUGGUUUAGUUGCAUUUCAUACAUUCGAUAUUGUCAGGAAGCUCUGUAUUUGGUGGAAAUCAAGUAUUAUAAGGAUACAUAUGAUAUCAAGUCGUCACUGGAAUUAUUUGGAUAUGAUUUGGAUAAUUUUAACUUUUGUGUAGGAAUGAUUCCAGUUUUUGGAAUUGUAUUUAGAAUUUUAACAUUAAUCAUGCUGUACCAGAGGACAUACCUUUUAGCACCUUACACCUUACACUUUAGUGCCGUUUGCAAUGGCACGUAG